AUGUCUGCUAUCUUCCACGGGAUCGAAGCCCUCCAUAAUUUCUCGCUCAAUAUCUUCAUCUUCACAUUGUUGCCAACGUCUUGGAACCUCCAGCGCCCAACAUUGCCAUGCUGCGGGGCCUGGUUCAAGAUCUCGCUGCUCAGAAAACCCGUAAACGAAGCUGGGAGAGGCGACGGGCCUGUGACUGUUGGCCAGCUCGUUGACCCCCGUCCUCCUGUGGAUCCACAAGCUUCUUUGCCGGCACCCUCGCCAGGCGGAAGGCAGACGAGAUGCGGGCUUCUCAAAGGGCCAGUAGCACAAGGGACGAGGAAGAGUCAGGCUCUGAGGAGCAGGCUGCAGAGGGUCCAGCUGCCAAGAGGGCUCGAAGCAGCCAAGGAGGGACAAGCGGGCACAUAG